CAAUAUUACUGCUAAUCAGGGUCUGUAUACCCAAUAUCAAUCACAAGUAAAGGCACCUUUUAAGAAAGAUCUUACAAAGAGUUAACAGGGCUGCACCCAAACAGCACAGAAUGGGCGGACCUAUGCCAGCAUCUCAAUUUAAACCCCAGCUAAACAACCAGAGACUGCACACCUGUGAUACAGCUGAUACCUGCUGGUGGCUGAAUAUAAUAAGCAUGGCUGUAUUUCUAAGUGUUCAAAGAAAGCUGGUCUUAGAGAUCCUAGCUGUUGUUACUAUUUGUAUGAUGAGUCCUGUGUGGGGCUGGGAAAGAAUUGAUAGAAUUAAAGAAUGUGGGCAUCAGUGUUCUCCGGGAUUGUACUGCAAAAGUAAAGCAUCAUUUGAUGUAUUUCAAAGACCCCAAUCAUUUGAAUCUCAGCCUUUUCAAAGUGUGAACAUCUCCACAGUAAUGAAGUGUAGAAAAGAAAGAGAUUGCUUGCUAUAUCUAAAUGUUAAUGGAACUUUUCAACUUGAUGAGAAUAAGCGGGGGGUAGAAAUCUGUUCCCUUUCACUUUCUACUCUCAAGCGUCAGUGCAGAAUGGUCAGAUUCAAGAAAACUGAAAGUAUGAAGCUUCAUGGGCAGCAGGUGCAUGUGCAGUACAACUGUUUUGAAGUUGGGAUUGCCCAACAGAUUCUUGUAACGCUAAAAACAAUCCCAGAUGGAAACAGGCAAACUAUGGAGUACCAUGUUCAGGGCUGCAAUAAUGAAGAUAUAAGACAGAACAUUCCAGUGUGCAUCGCUGGAAAACUAGAUUACUCAGUUGAUCAAAAAGAGAAGCUGGUUUCUGUGCACGUCUCAGAGUUUCUUGAAGACACUGACUAUCAUUUGAGGUUAUGUCAUAAAUGGCAUUCCUGUGAAAGUACUGGAGCUUAUGUACUGAUAAAAAGGGAAGACCCUGUGAAAAAAGUGACCUUGCCAUAUUCCAAGUUGGUGCCCUGUCUUUGCAUUGAGGGGUGGUCUUCAAUUCCAGAUUCAAGUAGAAUACAACUGUGUCCAUUUAAAAAAAAUACUGAAGAACUCUGGAGUGGAAUCACCUACAACCUAAUAUCGCAGGAGCUAGUUUGGGAGCUGGCCUGUCCCAUUGAAGUUAGGGUUAGCCUUUGUUGGACAACAGAACACAUUCAUUCCUGCACUGACCUUCCAAACUCUUCAAAAACAGUGCAGAACAAAAUUAAAUAUGUAGGCAUUGAGUCACAUCCAAGACUGUGUGUAAAGGUAAAUGAUUUAUUCUUAUAAUAUUACUGUUGGUACUGUUGAGUAUUUUCUAGUUUUCAAGCAUUUGCUUAUAACUCACUUCAAUAAUUACAUGCCUGUAAAGCUCCUGGAAAUUGAUGACAAUGAUAGUUGUCAUACUGACUUUCAUAGAAAAUAAUGAUUUAUAUUUAUUUUAACUUGCUGAAACUACAGUUGUGAGCCACGUUUCGCCUCCCUGUACAGGAUAUGCCAGAUUUAUCAGGCAUGUUUGGUACGUAAGCAAUGUACUGGAAAACGAAGUUAAUGAAUAUGAAACAUGAAAUGUAACAAUAAAGUUUCAAGAAAAAAAGGCUUCCUGUGUGGACUUUAUAAACUUUUUAGGUAUGUA